GAGUAAGUACUUCUAUCUCUCUGGGUUACAGACUGGAUUAUGUCCUUGGGUCAAUUGCAGGACCUGAUCGCUAUCUCAACUCUGUUAAAACUACCUAGUAGUUAGUGCCAGUCUGGCGGGAAGAUAUGAUUCCUGCCGAUUUCUAUACUAUACCAUAAGUUAACCAAGGAAGCCACAGCCCGCACAGCAACUCAACUCGACUCAAGGCAAUCACCCAAACGUCCCUUCCUCCGCAACAAUGGCGCCCACGCCAUACAGUCGCUGCCCCCGGGGCGUUGCUCUUCCAUCGCAGAUAUCACUUAGCUACUACUUCUAUCAUAUGUCCGCGACAUAAAUACUCUGCAGCUUAGUCUCUGGCAACAUGGACCGUCUGCGAAGAUCCAAGUCUGCGCGCUCCGUCCGCAGAAGCCAUCACAGCUCCGUCGCCAGCGACACCCCCGAUCCUGAGAUGACCAGGCAACAUGCCACCACUGCUGCCUCGCUCGCCAUGUUGCGCUCCAAGUGUUCCUACGACGCUCUCGGCGGCCCGGGGAAUAUGGCAGUCCCGUCGAGAAGACAUCGAUACACGGGGUCACAAUCCACCGCAGGAUCCUCUCGCCCCUUGACCACCACCGACUCCAGCACACACGACGAGGACUACGCGUCCGCCGCUCUUCCGUCCAUAAAUGAGUUCCAAGGACUCGACAGCCAUGGCUGUUUUCCUGCUUCGUCCUAUAGGCGUCUGCGCAAGUCGCGGUCCAUGUUCUCUACGGGGCAGCGUUCUUCUCGCACCUCUCACGGAGCCUCUUCCCCUGCAAACGAUGCUUCGAUCGCUAGGAGCGACCAAUCCCCGCGCACUUAUCGCAACCUGCGGCGUUCAAUGUCUUUCCUCCGCGGGGAAAAGUCGGCAGCUGGCCCGUUACGACAUGUGCAGAGUCAUGAAACCGCGAUCGACUUGGCUCUCAUUCAGUUUCAACAGCAAUCAGCCGAGAGUUCUCCCCAAACGGAACAACCGUGUCUGUCUGUCCCCAAGACUCGACGAGAGCACAGGCCAUUCAGAAAAACGCUCCGUUCACACACAUCGGCUGCGGGUGCUACUGGCUCCCCGUCGGGCCAUCACGGAAAAGUGAGAUCUUUGUCGUCGUCGAUCAAGAAAGGGAUUAAAAGAGUGCUGGGUCUUGCAAGGCCAUCUGCGGGUGGGAUGGAAGGGCGAGGAGCAUCUCCAUCCUCUCAGCACAAGACACAGACGAAUAGUCACAAACCAAACGAUAGCCCACACACCCCGAAUACGACUCGUCAUGAAGCCACCUCUCGCACUCAACAAUACCCAACAGCUGGGGUCACGGAAAGCUCAGAAAGCUUGGCUACUAGCCGCUCUCGCGUGACAAGCUGGGCAGACUCAACAACUGCAAACACUAUCGUGACGGGCAACCUUGGUGGUCGAAGCCACUUGUCAGUGAUUGAAGAAAGAGCCCAUUCGGAGCAAACCCUCACAGAAAUUCCUUCCUACGAGAACAGUCCAGUCGCCGCUCGGCCUCUGAGACCAACCGGCCAGAUUGACAGCCAACGAUUGUAUUCCGCUCUGAUGAGAAGAAUCGGUGAAGGCAGAGCACCAGAGACAAGCGCAAGCAUUGCACUUGGUCAUGUCAAAGCGCAUCAUAUCGUUCCAACACCUGCUGCUUCAGUAGCUGUGCGUCAUCAUGGGCAAACAGUCCGUAAGAUCCCCAGCGACGAGUCCAUUCCGUCUACCCAAUCCUUCAUUACUGCAAAUGCCGGUACGGUGACGCCUCAGCGGUUCUCGCAGCCCUUGGCAUAUUGCUUCCCAGAGAGCCCCUGCUCUGACAGGAAUCGAUUGAGCAUGUCUGGUAUUUCUUGUGACAAGGGCACUGCAGGUCCUGGCAUGAACAAGUUUAUCGAAGGGCUCGUCCGGCGCCCAGGAACUCCCGACCAGCAAAGUCCAGCGGCCGUAUCCAACUCCCCCAGUGUAUAUUCUCGAUCCACCGGCGGCAAAUCACUCGAUGCAAAGGAUAUCCCAGACGAGCCGGGAACAGCUACGAUUUACGACACUCAACGAACUACUUACAGCUCACCAAAGCAUCAUUCGCAAACUCAAGCAGACCGAGCACCCGUUCGGCCCAGCACGGAUUGGAAGCAAUGGAUGCACACGGAGAUCGCAAAGAUUGAGAACAUCAAGCCCCUUCAAUCUCAUUAUCGCGAGCACGCGCAGAUCUACAGCGAUGAGGAUGACUUCUGCCAGGGUUCCUAUGGCUUGGUGGAGAAAUUCGAUGGCGGUGUUUUCAUCGAUGACGAGAUGUGGUCGAAUCGCAAGAUUUCUUCGACCAGCAAUUUCUCACGGCCCUUCAGUCGAUCGUCGAGUGCCCGAACAGUCGUGACUAUGCAGAAAGAGCAAGCAGACGAGCCAGUAGUUCCGCCGCCGCCUGCUAGGCCACCGUCUCCAUGCUCCAGCCACAGUUUACUCCACCAUGACCCCUUCCAUAGUCCAGUCGAGUCUCGAAGGGAUUUCGCCUCUUCACCGAUGCGCUACAUCUCAGCAAACCGCUUCCGCAUGCCCGAAUCGCCAACUCCCCGAAGAGACAAAGCUGGUGGCUUCUCUCAGAAGAUGGCAAGUGCCACGUACGGCAGACAUCCGGCCCGCGGCCCCACUGUGUCGCGGGACGUCAGGUCCCUGCAUAGUCGAUCGGGUCGGGGGUAUCGCGACCAUCAGCGACUGACCAAGGAAAAUGUGAAAGCUGAGGAGUACGAGAUCAAGGGCCAGGAUGGUUCAUCGCCGAACUCGUGUUCGCCGAUAUCGAGCAAGCGUAUGGUGGAGAUGUUCUUGGAGAGCCGACGACGCCAGGCUGGCGCGGACGGGACUGACAGCGGGGCUGUGGGGGCUUUCAUAUAGUUAUGUAGGGCUUUGGAUGCUGACAGGAUGUAAACUUGCUACCACUGGUGUCCAUCAUCUGGCGCGGCUUAACUAACGUUACUAUCGACUCCUCCUUAGAUAAGAAGCAUUUGUUUAGGGUGAGUAUGGAUAAUUAGUGGCGAUCAGUAGCG